AGGUCGGAGUAGGGUAUAGCCACUUGCCUCACUCCGCUGGCAGAGUCCUUGCCGAAUUCCGCCUCCCUCCGCUACUCCCCGGCGCAGAUCGAAGUUAGCGGGCGACGGCGGAGCUGCGGGACAGGCUUCAGGAGAGGGUCUGGGGCGCAGGAGCGGGGCAGGGAGGCCGGCCGGACCCUGGAACAGGAUUCUAACAUUUUCAGAAAAUCUUUUGGAAAGAACAAGUCCACUUCAAUAAAUGAAGGAAAAUAAAGAAAAUUCAAGCCCUUCAGUAACCUCAGCAAACCUGGACCACACAAAACCAUGUUGGUACUGGGAUAAAAAAGACUUGGCUCAUACACCUUCGCAACUGGAAGGACUUGAUCCAGCCACUGAGGCCCGGUACCGCCGAGAGGGGGCUCGCUUCAUCUUUGAUGUGGGCACGCGUUUGGGACUACACUAUGAUACCCUGGCAACUGGAAUAAUUUAUUUUCAUCGUUUCUAUAUGUUUCAUUCCUUCAAGCAAUUCCCAAGAUAUGUGACAGGAGCUUGUUGUCUCUUUCUGGCUGGGAAAGUAGAAGAAACGCCAAAGAAAUGUAAAGAUAUCAUCAAAACAGCUCGUAGUUUAUUAAAUGAUGUGCAAUUCGGCCAGUUUGGAGAUGACCCAAAGGAAGAAGUAAUGGUUCUGGAGAGAAUCUUACUACAGACCAUAAAGUUUGAUUUGCAGGUGGAACAUCCAUACCAGUUCCUACUCAAGUAUGCAAAACAACUCAAAGGUGAUAAAAACAAAAUUCAAAAGUUGGUUCAAAUGGCAUGGACAUUUGUAAAUGACAGUCUCUGCACGACCUUGUCACUGCAGUGGGAGCCAGAGAUCAUAGCAGUGGCAGUGAUGUAUCUCGCAGGACGUUUGUGCAAAUUUGAAAUACAAGAAUGGACCUCCAAACCCAUGUAUAGGAGAUGGUGGGAGCAGUUUGUCCAAGAUGUCCCUGUGGAUGUUCUGGAAGACAUCUGCCACCAGAUCCUGGAUCUUUACUCACAAGGCAAACAGCAGAUGCCUCAUCACACACCGCAUCAGCUGCACCAGCCCCCAUCUCUCCAGGCUACGCCACAAGUGCCACAAGUGCCACAGUCACAGCCCUCGCAAAGCUCUGAAGCGCCCCAGCCCCAGCAGAAGGACUCUCAGCAGUCAGCGCAGCAGCAGCCACCACAGCAAACUCAGCAGCCCAAGAAACCGUCCCCACAACCCAGUCCUCCCCGACAGGCGAAGCGAGCCGUGGUUGUUUCUCCCAAAGAAGAGAACAAAGCAGCAGAACCACCACCACCUAAAAUUCCCAAAAUUGAGACCACUCACCCUCCAUUGCCUCCAGCCCACCCACCUCCAGACCGGAAGCCCCCGCUUGCAACUGCCUUAGGGGAGGCCGAGCCACCGGGCCCUGUGGAUGCCAGUGAUCUCCCCAAAGUCCAGAUUCCUCCUCCAGCCCACCCAGCCCCGGUGCACCAGCCACCGCCGCUGCCACAUCGGCCACCACCACCGCCCCCCUCCAGCUACAUUACCGGGAUGUCCACCACCAGCUCCUACAUGUCCGGAGAGGGCUACCAGAGCCUGCAGUCCAUGAUGAAGACCGAGGGCCCCUCCUACGGCACCCUGCCCCCAGCCUAUGGCCCACCAGCUCACCUUCCCUACCACCCACACGUCUACCCCCCCAACCCGCCCCCACCGCCUGUGCCCCCACCUCCUGCCUCCUUCCCCCCACCUGCCAUUCCUCCCCCCACUCCCAGCUACCCCCCACCUCCACCCACCUACAACCCCAACUUCCCGCCCCCACCCCCUCGCCUGCCCCCCACCCACGCAGUCCCACCUCACCCUCCUCCAGGCCUGGGCCUGCCGCCAGCUAGUUACCCACCUCCAGCUGUCCCCCCUGGAGGACAGCCACCUGUGCCCCCACCCAUCCCCCCACCUGGUAUGCCUCCAGUUGGGGGGCUGGGGCGGGCAGCCUGGAUGAGAUAACGUGACCUUUUUGUUUCCCUUUGUUUUUUUAACAAAAGUUUUUCUAAUCAACUUGAAGAGUAGUUUAAGUGUGUGAGCAGCAGGAUACCUUAUAUAUGCUAGACAGUUGCACUAUGGGAAGAAAUGGACUGAACCCGUGAGAUGAAAUUGGGGCGGUCCUCCAUGCCUGGAGAAUGGGGACAGCGGUUUUCAGUGUAGCCUAGGAAUCCAACUGUGUCCUUGGUUUCAGCUGGUGUCGUCUGAGAGUCCUGCACUGAGUUACUUUGUACUAGUGAAAAUGUUAACCAGCCAUAUUGGCUCAAUAAAUAGCUUCAGUAAGGAGUGAAUUUCCUUCUAGAAGUCAGUGCCUAUUUUUCCUGGAAACUCAAUUUUAAAUAGUCCUGUUCCAUCUGAAGUCAAGCUGUUGUCAUCGCUUUCAUUCCGUGAUGUUCUCUUCCAUGACCCCCAGCAGGUCGGAUGUGCCACUUUUUUCAUUUAGAGAUGUUUACCUCCUUUGUAUUAAAGUUCCAUUGAAGGGG